AUGUGUCAGAAUUAUUCAUUGCGAAGAUUCUGCGAGGAGUGGCGUAUCUGGAUACGACCUUUACUUAUUAUAACCUAUGGCAUAUUUGCGAUAAUCGUAGUGCCUCUGCUCAUUAUCAAUUCCGUCAAGGAUGGUUUUCAGCGUCGUGAUCAAUUGAUAUUAAUUGGUGGCUUAUUUGUUUUAUCAGCAGUGCCCAUAUCAAUUUGGCAUAUUAUUCAGCAUGUUGUACACUUUACAAAACCCAUUUUACAAAAACACAUCAUACGCAUAUUGUGGAUGGUGCCCAUAUAUGCCUUAAAUGCUUGGAUUGGUUUAUUCUUUCCGAAACAUUCAAUCUAUGCCGAUUCGUUACGUGAGUGCUAUGAGGCCUAUGUGAUUUAUAAUUUUAUGGUCUAUUUAUUAAAUUAUUUAAAUUUGGGCAUGGAUUUGGAAGCGACCAUGAUGUAUAGAUCCCAAGUACAUCAUUUCUUUCCUAUGUGUUGCAUUCGUCCCUGGACCAUGGGUCGAGAAUUUAUACAUAAUUGUAAACAUGGUAUUUUACAAUAUACUGUGGUGCGGCCAAUAACUACAUUCAUAGCGGUUAUUUGCGAAUUAUGCGGUGUCUAUGGAGAAGGUACUUUUGCCGGAAAUGUAGCAUUUCCCUAUAUAGUUGUUAUCAACAAUAUCUCACAAUUCGUAGCCAUGUAUUGUCUCGUUUUGUUUUAUAAAGCCAACAAGGAGGAUUUAAAACCCAUGAAACCUAUACCAAAAUUCUUGUGCAUUAAAGCGGUAGUUUUCUUUUUCAUUUUU